AUGUACCUGUCCAUGGUGCUGAACAUGAAAGCCUUAGACCAUCACAAAAACAAGACAUCAGGCUGGCCGCCCCCAGGCUCCUGGGGAGGACUGCAGGGUCCUCCAUACAGCUGGGACAGCAUGAACUGCAACAGGGAGAGCCAGAACUGCCUCACCAACCAAGUGUCCCAAAGCAGCUCCCUGGAGGAGGUUCAUCUGGAUGGGCUUCCCCCUGUGCCCCGCUUGGUGGAGAUGAGGCGUGACCCCAUUCUGGGUUUUGGCUUUGUGGCAGGCAGUGAGAAGCCGGUGGUGGUCCGCUCGGUCACACCAGGUGGCCCAUCAGAGGGUAACCUCUUGCCCGGUGAUGAGAUCAUCGCGAUCAAUGAUGAACCUGUCAGUUCAGCUCCAAGAGAACGAGUCAUCGACCUUGUCAGGAGCUGCAAAGAAACCAUUCUAUUGACUGUUGUCCAACCAUAUCCAUCCCCUAAAUCGGCGUUCAUCAGUGCAGCCAAAAAAGCCAUGCUCAAGUCCAAUCCAGUCAAAGUGCGCUUUGCCGAGGAGGUCAUCAUAAACGGCCAGGUUCCAAAUCCAGUGAAGGACAACUCUCUUUUGUUCAUGCCAAAUGUCCUGAAAGUCUACCUGGAGAAUGGGCAGACCAAAUCUUUCCGCUUUGACAGCAGUACCUCCAUCAAGGAUGUGAUCCUGACGCUGCAAGAGAAACUAUCCAUCAAAUGCAUCGAACAUUUCUCCCUAAUGUUGGAGGAGAGGAUGGAAGACUCUGGAAACAGACUGCUUUUGCUGCAUGAACAAGAGAUGCUUGCUCAGGUGACUUGCAAGCCCGGUUGUGAUAAGAUGAAGUGUUUCUUUCGAAUCAGCUUCAUGCCCCACGACCCAGUGGACCUGUUACGGAGAGAUGCUGUGGCGUUCGAAUAUCUCUAUGUGCAGUGCUGCAAUGAUGUGGUGCUGGAACGAUUUGGCUCAGAACUGAAGUAUGAUGCAGCGCUGCGACUGGCAGCAUUGCAAAUGUACAUCCUCACUUUGACAACCAAGCAAAGCCAGAAGGUCUCGCUAAAAUAUAUCCAAAAGGAGUUGGGCCUGUCGCUGUUCCUGCCUCCUGCUGUGCUGACCAGCACGAAGGAGAAAAACAUCAAAAAAGCUCUGACGCACAUUCUCAAAACCAACCAGAACCUCGUGCCUCCUGGGAAAAAACUGACUGCAUUGCAGGCCAAGGUGCAUUACCUAAGGUACCUCAGUGAGCUCCAACUUUAUGGCGGGAGAGAGUUUAAAUCAAUACUGUUGCAAGGUGAGAAACAAACUGAAGUGACCUUGUUAGUAGGUCCUCGUUAUGGUAUCAGUCAUGUCAUCAAUGCACGGACCAACCUAGUGGCCCUCUUGGCCGACUUCAGCCAUGUGAACCGAAUCGAAAUCCUCACCGAAGAUCAAAACAAUGUCCGGUUGGAGCUGCAUGUUCUGGAUGUCCGGCCCAUCACUCUCAUCAUGGACUCAAGUGACGCAAUGAACCUGGCCUGUCUUACAGCAGGGUACUAUCGCCUCCUAGUGGACUCAAGAAGAUCUAUUUUCAAUAUGGUCCACUCAGGAGGGGAUGACGACAGUCAGGACUGCGUCCUUGAGUGGCCAUACAGCACAUCUUUUGGGGACUGUCAGGAGUUAUCACAAAGCCAAGCAGACCUCUACAGGGACUCUCAAUACUCAGACAAUGGGCCGAGCGAAAACAACCUCUAUCCCUGCUUCCAUCAAUCCCAAAUGCCUGACAGAGACCUUCAGACCCAGAGUCCGGUGCCACCUCCUCUUCCGCCCUCAAGACACAAACCUCAAGACUCACCUCGUAGUGCCAAAGUGUCAUUUAUUUUUGAAGGAGACCCACCUUUGAACAAGCCCCGGGGCUUAGUCAAUGAACCAAUUGAGGAGAGUGCUGAGGUUGCUGAGCACAGACCAACCUACUUGCACAAUACUGACUUUGGGGCUCAGGGGAGGGUGUCAUUUCACUUCAGUGGUCUGACACAUGUCUAUAGCAACAUAAUAAGUGGGGAAGGGGGUGAUGAGCCACUGUUAAGAGACCUGUUUUAUCGUGACACAACAGACGAUGCGGAGGAUGAGGACGAGGCUUCUUGUGAAGAAGACUCCACUGGAGGAACACCGGCAGGCGACGCAGAAGCGAGCGAAGGAGUGGCCACCGCAGCCGGCAAAGCUUCUUUUCUCAUGCUUUCUGGGCCUACCGAUGACAUCAUCGACCUUACAUCGCUGCCUCCACCCGAGGGCGAUGACACGGUUGAUGACGACGAAGAUGACUCGCUGCUGCAGACGCUUAACCUCGCAAUUGCGGCUCCGCCACCAGGCUUUCGAGACAGUACAGACGAGGACGUGGUGCCCGAGGGAAGGCUUCUGAGCCCGCACGUCAACGAUGAUAUUCCAGUCUCAUUAAUUGAUGCGAUACCUACUCAAGAGGAUGGCGGAGCGGAGGGCAAGAGGCAUCUGGAAAACCAAGUCGUCAACACGCUGCAGGCACUUGAAGCACUGUCUGUCUCUGAGAAUAGACCUGCACCACCUCGUCCACCACCCAGCAGGAAACUUCCAGGUGUUGUUUACACAUCUCGAGGCUUUAGUCCCCAGUCUUCCUCUGACUCUGGAAACGAGACAAACUCUUCAGAAAUGACGGAACUCUCUGAGCUUGCCGCUUGUCAUCGACUCGGUGAGAGCCGCAUGCGCCUCUUGGUGGCCACGAGGGAGGGGUACCAGCCUUUACUUGAGGAGAAAACAGAGUUCCCUGUUUCACCUAGCACCGAAGGAACAACCCUGAAGAAGUCCCGCAGUCCACAGCACCUCCGACCACCUGCCGUCCCGCCAAGGAGGAGCCCACAUUUGGACACGGGAGCAACAUUACAGCCAAACUUCCUGGGAGGGGCAUCUCAGACAAACCUUUCCUCUACUCUUCAGCGGCCAAGCUCCACAACGCCAGGGGGCAAGCAUGACAAAAAGUCUGCAGACUCAAGCAGGAAAUACAACACCUUUAGCACAAGGGAAGGGUAUCGACAUGGAAAUGGUGGAAGCAUUCAUUUUGAGAAUAAUCAGCAAACUUCAUUCUGUGAUCGAGGUGAAAGCCAGAGAAGACACAACUUGUUUUUGGAAGAAAACACACAUGCUCAGGACCAUGCUGUGAAUAGCCGCCGCAGCGAGCAUCACAGAGUUACCCGUCCUGAUAGCCUUUUAGAUGUGGCUACACUAGGGGAGCGUGCUACAGAUAAUAGAGCUGCCGAGCAAGAUGAACAUCUAGUUGUUGCCUCGUUGCUGUCCCCAAAUAAAAACAACAGACUGGUGUGUUCUGACCAAGGAUCAGAUGUACAGAAUGACCAUCAACCCAUUUCAAGACAGCAGAGUGUUGCACGUUUGUGUGAGUAUCAUCUUGCGAAAAGGAUUUCAAACUUACAAGGUGAAGGUCACAGUUCUCUCCAGGGCUCCCUGUGCUCCUCAUUGGAUGCUGGUGGCAGUGCAAAUAGCAGUCUCUGUGCCACCCCAACUGACUCGCCGCUUGGUCCGGGGGCCAUUGAGUCAAAACACCAUCGCCUACAAAGGCACCCAAUCUCAAAUUCCUCCUCAUCUUUACUCAGGGUCGUAAACUAUGAAGAACCUAAACCUGGACAGAGCCUCCAAGCAAAGGAUUUUCACCCUCAUGCGGACCCUGUCCUUCUUCGAAAAAUGCUGCCCAACAUUCACGCUGCUUCUGCUGGUGCUGACCCCGGCCGUCCGUCCUCAGCCACACCCUCCAAACACAAAGAGACAGUUACAAGCAAAAAGCCUUGUUUUAAAGGGCAGAGCCAAAAAGAAGGCAGUGAGGCAUACAGACAAUUGAUCAACUACCUAACUGUAAGCCAAAUGCACCAAGGUGGAAAGUUACACAGUGCGGGCAUGGGGGGCGGUGUGAAAAAAGACACUCGUCGCUACAUCACAAGCAACCCGCAACUUGUCGAAAUGGUUAAGAAUCGAGGGAGCACAAUCCCCCGCUGCCAAUGUUUGCCGUCGUCCAUAUCGUCCCCUUUUGUUCGCCCCAAUUUGGUAAACUCACAUCCAUUGCAGCUGAUGAAUAAAGAUCAAAAGUCAUACCACUCUGCCACACUUCCUGCCAAACUUAAAAGAAGUCCUGACACGCACACACAAGGCCCAAACGGUAGGUUAGAUGUGAGGCAGGCAAACGCCGAAAGAAGAAGCUCCUUUUCUGGACUGCAAAGUGAGCUUGAGAGGAGCGGUAUGGAUCCUGAUCAGUUCCUUUCGCUGUAUAGGAAAGAUGGCUACACAAUGCAUGAAGGUGGGGGAACCGCUGGUAGGCCUCAGUCUUGUUCAAGAAUCCAACUAAGUGAUGACUUGUGCAGAUCAGACCCAAGAGGAAAGCAUGCAGUCCUUCAGGCUUCUGCCCCCUGUGGUCAGCGAGCAGAUCUCAGCAACUUCUCGCUGGGAAGGGGUCCUUCAGCUUUUACCAGACAGGCUUCUACAAAUACCCUGGCUGGCAUUUCCUCUCCAUCCCCAUCACUUUAUCCACAGUCUCCCCCUCCUCCUAUAUUAAUUCCAGCACAUGGCAACACUGCCCCAAGCAACUCUGGAUGCACACAGGAGGUCACCCAUUCAACCCUGUCACGGCCAAAUCAGAACCACAUUCAUGCCAUUGGAUCAAUGCCCUCACAAUUGGAUCCUCUCAAUAAUUACUCGCAAAGAGGCCGGGAAUUACAACGUAGCUCUAGUAAUGUCACCAAUGGCUCUGGCAGCGUAGAGGUGCUGUUUGAAAAACCCAGUCGAAGCCAGAGCCAGCAGCCCUUGUUACCAUCUGUGCCCCAGCAAGGAGAAACCAAAGUCCAGAGGAGGCCAACAAGGAAGAGGCUGUCCAAGAGUUACUCCCAGGGCUCAGUGUCAUCGCACACCACAUGCUGGUCAUCAGGCGGCAGGGUAGACAGCAGAAGGGCUUCGGUGGCAUUUCCUUUACAGAAAGACAAACAAAUGAAGGGCUCUCAAAAACUGGACACCAGUCCUUGGCGGUGCAACGGACCUUUUAGCUACUGUUUCUUUAAGCGUAAAAGUGAGGGAGAAGAUGAUGAGAACGAUUGGGACACGCCAAGACGAAGCCGUGAUGGGAGUAACCUGGAGAACGACUUUGCUGCGUCAUUGGCCAUCUACCCCUGUGGCUCAGUCAUGGAUGCAGCAGGAGAGCAGCUGUACGGCGAGGUCCUUAACAACAUGAGCUUUAGCGACCGCUUGGCUCGAGUCAACGCCCUCAAGGACCGCAUGUACAGCUUCCCUUCCGGCUUCACAGACGUCCGGCGUGAUGCCAGUGAGCUCAUCGCGCUGGUGAGGUCCAGCAUCGGUCGCUGCGAUCGAGGCGUCCAAAUGCCAAUGCAGGCGGUGUCUCAAUCCAAGCAACUCCUCUCAGUGGAGUCCAAAGAGUUAGGCCGGGCAUGCCGGAGGAUGGCGCAGGCGCACGGCAGCCCUGAAGAGAUGCUGCUAGCUGUGACGUACAGUUUCCAGGUGCUGUGUUGUCUUUGCGAAGCGUGUAUGUGUCUCGUAAAAGGACUCAGCGCCUCGGCCUCACACCAACAGAGAGAGGUUGUUGCAAAAGUCGACGAGGUCGUCAUGAAUUAUAUCUGUUUAGUCAAAGCUGCUGAGGUUGCAACUGUGGGAGCACCGGGAGAACACAGUUUCAAGGCCCUGGUGAGACAUUCUAGUACCAUGUCAGCCAUCGCGAAUGCACUCACACGCUCUCUUAAAACGCUGCUUAACAAGUAAAGUUUCCUUCACUCUUUUUGAUCUCAAAGUGUGGCCUAUGCAGUCAGCAGAAGUCUGUUUUUAAAUCAUCUACUUCCUUUUGAGGCUACUGCGGGAGUUGUAUAUGUUUAGCCAUUACAAUCUACAUCAUCACCCGAAAACAUGCUAAAAAGCACCCCUCAUUUAACUUGAUUUUUAUUUCAAUGUAUAAUAAGAAAGUUGAUGACCUUUAUAUGAUAUACUUCAUGUAUACCCUGUAGAAACCCCUUUACUGGUGCAUUAUGUAAUUUAUUUUUCAAAUAUAUAUACACAAUAUUUUGUAUGAUACAGUCAUGUUUUGCAGUAGCAAUUCCAGUCAGCUCUUUAAGUGCAGUUUUGCCACUGAUGCAUGUGAAAUUCCACAAAUACAACGCAAGCAAAUGUGAGGGCUGUGUUUUUUUGUGUGCUAAUUUCAAAUAUGUAUUUGUGAAAGUCAACUGGGUUUGGCUGAAAUGGAAUUGUCUUGCAGUCUGAGAGCAAAGUUAGAUGUGUUCGGGAUUGAGUGGCUCGAUAAUUUCACCAUAUUUAACACUGCUUGUUAUUUCAUCACUUUGUUUAUUUUUUUAAGAAUUAUAAAUAUUAUAUUACAGUACUGUAACAAAUGUAUGCAAUUUCUUUUGGACCAUGUUUGCUUUAAGACUGUUUUAGCCAUAUGAAAAUUAUUUUUACCUUUUUGUGUAUAUGUUUUGGGAUCACCUUUGUGCUUGAAGGUUUAACUCAACAAUAUGUACCCAAUGCA